GCCGGACUGGUCUACAAGAAAAUGGCCGCCGGACUCCGGCACUGAGGACAUAUGUGGUAAUAUUCAUAUUAUAGCUUUACAGAGGACGGGGCUGUGGCCUGUGACAAUACUUCCGAACUUAGCGUUCCACAUACAGUGUCCGUGGAGAUCAGGAACUCCAGCUGUCGGGAACGGAGUUUUUACUACACAUCACACGUUCUGUAUUCUCUCUGAUUCACAAGGAUGGACAAGGACAGGAGUCACAGGACUGAGAGUAUAAUAAAUAUCACCCUGGAGAUCAUCUACCUGCUGACUGGGGAGGAUUACACAAUAGUGAAGAAGACAUCCAAUGAGUAUGAGACACCCAGCAGCCAUCUCCGUGUAUCAGGAAGACUGAGUAGAACCCAGAGCCCCAUCACGGUGCCUCCACCUCACUCACUGACACAUGAGAGACACAAUGAUCAGAAGAUCCUGGAACUCACCAACAAGAUCAUUCAGUUGCUGACUGGAGAGGAGGGGGAGUAUAUAGAGGAACACGGGGGUCUGUACGAGGACGUGAUGAUGGAUAAUCACCGGCCCCUCACAUCACUUGAUGGACCGAGUAACAGAGAUACCCCAGAGAGAUGUCCCCGUCCUCUGUGUUCCCAGGAUUGCACAGAGGAGAAUCACAGGAUCCCACAGGAGGAUCAGGUAGAACGUCUGUCUAAUACUAAAAUACCAGAUAUAGAGGGAGAAGAAGAGACGUAUGUGACUGAUAUAAAGGCAGAAGAUAUAGAGGGAGAAGAAGAGACGUAUGUGACUGAUAUAAAGGCAGAAGAUAUAGAGGGAGAAGAAGAGACGUAUGUGACUGAUAUAGAGGCAGAAGAUAUAGAGGGAGAAGAAGAGACGUAUGUGACUGAUAUGAAGGCAGAAGAUAUAGAGGGAGAAGAAGAGACGUAUGUGACUGAUAUAAAGGCAGAAGAUAUAGAGGGAGAAGAAGAGACGUAUGUGACUGAUAUGAAGGCAGAAGAUAUACAGGGAGAAGAAGAGACGUAUGUGACUGAUAUAAAGGCAGAGGAUAUAGAGGUAGAAGAAGAAAAGUAUGUGACUGAUAUAAAGGUAGAAGAUAUAGAGGGAGAAGAAGAGACAUAUGUGACUGAUAUAAAGGCAGAAGAUACAAAGGGAGAAGAAGAGACGUAUGUGACUAAUAUAAAGGCAGAAGAUAUAGAGGGAGAAGAAGAGACGGAUGUGAGAGAUAUGAAGGCAGAAGAUAUAGAGGGAGAAGAAGAGACGUAUGUGACUGAUAUAAAGGCAGAAGAUAUAGAGGGAGAAGAAGAGACGUAUGUGACUGAUAUAAAGGCAGAAGAUACAAAGGGAGAAGAAGAGACGUAUGUGACUGAUAUAAAGGCAGAAGAUAUAGAGGGAGAAGAAGAGACGGAUGUGAGAGAUAUGAAGGCAGAAGAUAUAGAGGGAGAAGAAGAGACGUAUAUGACUGAUAUAAAGGCAGAAGAUAUAGAGGGAGAAGAAGAGACGUAUGUGACUGAUAUAAAGGCAGAAGAUAUAGAGGUAGAAGAAGAGACGGAUGUGAGAGAUAUGAAGGCAGAAGAUAUAGAGGGAGAAGAAGAGACGUGUGUGACUGAUAUAAAGGCAGAAGAUAUAGAGGGAGAAGAAGAGACGUAUGUGACUGAUAUAAAGGCAGAAGAUACAAAGGGAGAAGAAGAGACGUAUGUGACUGAUAUAAAGGCAGAAGAUACAGAGGGAGAAGAAGAGACGUAUGUGAGGGGUGAUCAGCAGUGUAAGGAGGAGGAGAUCCCUACAGAUAUCAGCACAGAUGGACACACAAGCAGGAAUAUCUCAGAAGGAUAUCUAUUGUUAUCCCCGGAUUGUGACAUAAAAGAUGACAGUAGACAGGAUUCUCCAGCAUUUAACCCCAUUACCCCAAUUAUAUAUCCAGCUCUAUCAACUGAUCCCCCUGAUCCUGGGAAAUGUUCUCCUGAUCACUCUGAUAUUGGUGCAUCUGUUACAGCUUUGAGAGUAGAUACAGUGUUUCCCUGGUCUAUAGAUACCAAAUGUUUUACACAGAACACAAACCUUAUUACUCAUCAGCCAGCUAAGGCAGGUGAGAGGCCAUUUCCAUAUUCUGAGUGUGAGAAAUGUUUUACAUAUAAAUCAAAUCUUGUUACACAUAAGAGAAGUCACACAGGUGAGAAGCCGCAUUCCUGUUCUGAGUGUGGGAAAUGUUUUACACAGAAAUCAUCUCUUGUUACACAUCAGAGAAGUCACACAGGUGAGAGGCCGUAUUCCUGUUCUGAGUGUGGGAAAUGUUUUGCAUCGAAAUCAAAUCUUAUUAAACAUCAGAGAAGUCACACAGGUGAGAAACCGUAUUCCUGUUCUGAGUGUAGGAAAUGUUUUGCACAGAAAUCAGCUCUUGUUACACAUCAGAAAAGUCACACAGGUGAGAAGCCGUAUUCCUGUUCUGAGUGUGGAAAAUGUUUUGCAUCGAAAUCAUAUCUUGUUACACAUCAGAGUAGUCACACAGAUGAGAAGCCAUAUUCCUGUUCUGAGUGUGGGAAAUGUUUCACAAAGAAAUCAGCCCUUGUUACACAUCAGAGAAGUCACACAGGUGAGAGGCCAUAUUCCUGUUCUGAGUGUGGGAAAUGUUUUACACAGAAAUCAGAUCUUGUUACACAUAAGAGAAGUCACACAGGUGAGAAGCCGUAUUCCUGCUCUGAGUGUGGGAAAUGUUUUGCAUCGAAAUCAAAUCUUAUUAAACAUCAGAGAAGUCACACAGGUGAGAAACCGUAUUCCUGUUCUGAGUGUAGGAAAUGUUUUUUAUCUAAAUCAUAUCUUGUUAAACAUCAGAGAAGUCACACAGGUGAGAAACCGUAUUCCUGUUCUGAGUGUAGGAAAUGUUUUGCACGGAAAUCAGGUCUUGUUAUACAUCAGAGAAGUCACACAGGUGAGAAGCCGUAUUCCUGUUCUGAGUGUGGGAAAUGUUUUUUAUCUAAAUCAAAUCUUGUUAAACAUCAGAGAAGUCACACAGGUGAGAAGCCAUAUUCCUGUUCUGAGUGUGGGAAAUGUUUUACACAGAAAUCAUCUCUUGUUACACAUCAGAGAAGUCACACAGGUGAGAGGCCGUAUUCCUGUUCUGAGUGUGGGAAAUGUUUUAGACAGAAAUCAGAUCUUGUUACACAUCAGAGGAGUCACACAGGUGAGAAGCCAUUUUCAUGCUGUGAGAGAAAUAAAUCCGCUCUUGUUGAACAUAUUAGACAUUACCCAAGUACGGAACCAUUUAAAUCUUCUGGAGUAUAAUUAUCACUGCCAUGCAAUGUUCCUCAAGGGUCAAUCCUAUCUCCUAUGCUUUAUGCAAUAUACAGUCUGGUCCAUAUAUAUUGGGACAUCGACACAAUUCUCAUAUUUUGGGCUCUAUACACCACCACAAUGGAUUUGAAAUGAAACAAACAAGAUGUGCUUUAAAUGCAGACUUUCCGCUUUAAUUUGAGAGUAUUUACAUCUAAAUCAAGUGAACGGUGUAGGAAUUAAAAACGGUUUUUAUAUGUGCCUCCCACUUUUUAAGGGACCAAAAGUAAUGGUACAGACUAAACAAUCCUAAAUCAAACUUUUACUUUUUAAUACUUUGUUGCAAAUCCUUUUGUCAGUUACAGCCUGAAGUCUGGAACGCAUAGACAUCACCAGAUGCUGGGUUUCAUCCCUGGUGAUGCUCUGCCAGGCCUCUACUGCAAAUGUCUUCAGUUCCUACUUGUUCUUGGGGCAUUUUCCCUUCAGUUUUGUCUUCAUCAAGUGAAAUGCAUGCUCAAUCGGAUUCAGGUCAGGUGAUUGAAUUGGCCAUUGCAUAACA